AUGGAUGAUGAUUUUCUUGCUGAACAUGUAUUACCUUUAAUGAAUCUUCCUAAUCCUUCCGCAGAUAUAUCACUUGAUGAACUUAUUGAUUCAACUAAUAAUAAUGUUCAUCAUACAUUAUUAUCAACAACAGUUGAAACCGGUGUAGAAAUUACAUUAAAUGCAACAAAUGAACAUGUUGAAUCAACUAGUAAAUAUUUUAAUAAUCCAUUCUUAUCCGAUAUUCGUCUACGUGUUGGAACAAAUAGUUAUUAUGCACAUAAAUUUAUCUUGGCUAAAUCAAGUGAUGUCUUAGCUACACUUCUUUAUUCACAUCAUUGGACAUCAGCAGAAGCAGAAAUAAUACUUGAAGAACAAGAUGAAUGUCAUGGUGAUGUUUUUGAAAAAUUUCUUAAAUUUUUUUAUACAGCAAAAGUAACACUUCAUGAAACAAGUGUUAUUGGUUUAUUAUAUCUUGCCGAUAAAUAUAAUGUACAAUCUUUACGAAAUUUAUGUGCACAAUUUAUGAUGCUUAAAGCAAAACCACCUAAUGUUCGUAAUAGUAUUAAUUGGUAUUCAAUAGCAAAACAAUUUUCUCUUGAUGAUUUACGUGAUGUUUUACGUGCUGAUAUUUUAGGCAUUAAUUCAGGGAUAGAAAAUAUUUAUUCUGCAUUUGCACCAAAUUCACCAGGUCCAAUAAAAUAUUUAUAUAGAUCAAUAUAUUUAUCGGUUUUUUUGACAUCAUUGACAACAAUUUUCAGUGUUAUACUGUUUGGUAUAAAUUGA